AACGAUUAGACUUAGAUUUCUACAUUCAAUUUUGAAAUGCCAUGCAAUGCGCAAUUACCUGCGCGUAGUACGAAUUCGUAUGUCUAGCUUGUGUUUGAGUGUCGCGUAUGUUUCGUGUAGUGUAUUUUAAACAUGUUGGAGCGAAACCGGGUUGUUCUGUGUUAUUGAAUAAAAAUAUAGUAAUGAAAUAUGUCAGAUAAUAAACGGUUAGCGCUGACGACUCUAGAACCGCAGAAAGUUAGUGAUAAACAAAACAAGAAACCAGCGAAAACAAUAAGAAUAUCUGUGAUUUUGCCAGAAUCCAAUGAAGACAACUGCCCUGAAUUUAACUAUAAGGAACAACUAGCAGCUGCUAAGAAACGGGCCAAACUUAAGGAGAAGAAGGAGCCGAACGCCGAGAAUGGUUUGGACCCGUUCGCCGACGAUGACGACGACGUGCGUCGCAUCGCCAUGCAGUUCGAGGAGAAGUACGGCGGCACCGGCGCCAACAAGAAAAAACGGAAGGGACGGAAGGACGAUUACGCGGACAUAGGAAUGGGGUAUGAUGAGUCUGAUUCGUUCAUCGACAACACGGAUGGAUACGACGAGAUCAUUCCGCAGAACGUCACCACUCUCCUGGGGGGCUUCUACAUAAAUUGCGGCGCCCUCGAAUUCAAGACUGACGAUGAGGCGACCUCUGAACUUUCAUCCAGUUCCUCAGACAGCGACAACGACAACGAGGACAACAAAUCGUCGACCAGUCGGAAGAGAGCCCUGUCGACAAGCGAUGAAGAUGAGGAGGACGAGAACGGAUCGCAAGCGGAAAAGGUAGAUACCCUUAUUGAUUUCCCAUUACCCCUAGCCAAUACUAUUAUAUUACAGAAGCAAAAGGUGGAGGACAAGAACAACAUGCAGCAGGCCAUCAAGAAGAAGCUGUUCAACCAGAACAAGAUCCAGGUGAAGAAGCGCCGUCCGAUCGACCCGGUGAAGAAGACAGUCAAAGAAUUGCUGAGGGAGAAGCGGCAGGAUCUCAACAUGUCAGUGCCUCAGGACCUCAUCACCGACGGAGAAGUGGAAGAACGCGAGUCUCACAAGGAAAACAAGAAACCGAUGAGCAUAUCUAGCGUAGCAGAUGCCAUAGAAUCAGUGGUGAAGGCUAAUUUGCCUCAAAAGAGCGAUUUUGACAAUAAUGCAAACAAUAGAUCAUUAGAUGUGAAUCCAAGUAUUAGAAAUGAUGUUUCUCUAACGUUCGAAGGUGAAUCUAGUCAUGAUGCGAAUGUCGAAAAGACCGAGGCCGUAAAGUUACCUGAGAACUUAUCAGCCGACAUUCUCGAAGUAAUCAAUAGUAUUAAACAGGCAGCUUUAGAACACAAAGACGGUAAAGUUAAAUUCUUCAACGAAGAAGUUAAUUCGAAACUAUUAAGCCUUGAAAAGAAAUGCAAGUGCCUAGGGAAAGCCUCCAAAUCUAAAGUGUUCGAACACUUGUCCGCGUUUGUGGCCUGCACAAAGGAGACGUUGAUGAAGCGAGCCAAAAACCUGCUGUUUGAAGAGGAGCAGAAGACUUUGAAGCGCAUGAUUAACAAACUAAAAUAUGGCAUCGAACAAAUUAUGCCCGCCUUAUUGUUGAAUCACGAGAAGGAAAGCCAGAAAGUUCUUCAAAGAAAGUUUUCACAAGACUCAGCAACUAAUGAGGAAAAUAAGUCAUUACGGAUGCCUCACAGAAAAUUCCAAUGGAAUGAAGAUCUCAAAAAAUUGCUCAAGGACAUCAUCAGUACAAAGAAGCGAUGUCUAACACAUGAAGGCAAGCCUAAGGACUCACUGGAUGAGCUAAUUUUGCAAUACUUUCGAACGGAUAUUAAAUUGUUGUGGCCUGAUGGAUGGAUGUCAGAAGCAGCUUUGAGAAAAGCCAGUGGAAUCGAUAUUCCGCCAAAGAAGUUGGAUGAUUCGAUGAAUAAGUCGCAGGAUCACGUCAAAAAUACUAGUUUAAAUAAAUCGAUGGACAUUAAAAACAAUAUGAACAACGACCUCUCGAAACAUUCCCAAAAAGGUCCGUCACUGACGCUGAACAAUUCCAAUUUACAAAUUAUUCCGGUCACCGGUAACAACGUUGUUAAAAGCACUAGUUCUAAAACAGAAAGCAUUACUAGUGACAUUACCGUUAGUAAGAUUAGUAACAAUAACGUUAAACCUAGUCAGAAACUGCCAGAUAAAUCAUUAACCAUUACCAAAAGCUUUAAAAAAGAGGAUGAGAAGAAGGAUCGUGGUGAACACCAGUUUUUCGACUUGAGCAACACUAUCAAAGUGCCGGAAACAUCUGUUCAGCCUGUUUUACUAGAUAAUUCGGUCAUAGUGUCCACUCACAAAAAAGAGGAGACUCAUAUCCGUUUACCUGAAGAGAAAAAAGAGAUGAAGACUGUAAUUUCGGAAUCCAAACACUGCCCAGUUAUUGAUCUAACAGACCAUCACAAUAAGAAGAAAUCAGUUACGAAAGUGAAAUUGCCCAAGCCAGUCGAUUAUACAAAAGUAAGCGAAUCCGGCAUGUUCGCCAGCGACGUCCCGACAGAUUUCAGUACAAAGCCCAAAGUGGCCGAUUAUGCGGCCACCAAAGCCGAAAUUCUUCCCAUACCGAUGGAGUUUAAAGAUCCGAUGAUGCUGAGCAAUCGACAUCCGGACUUGAGCAUCGUGCCCAACUAUCAGCAUCCGGCGCCGCCGAAGGAACCCGUCAACCAGGACGGCGACGACAUCCAAAAGGUGCUGGAGAACUUGAGAACUCUUCAGCAGAUGUCGUCGCCGAGUAAAAGCUCGGACAAUUCACACAGCAACUCCGUACCGGUCAUCGCGUACAACAAGAGUUUUUCACCGAAAAACACCAACACCGCGACGAACCACAAUAACGAGUGCAAGUCUGCUAGUGAAUUUCAGGAAGACUUUCAGAAACAGUUUAUAAGUCAAGUGACUCACAUGUCUAGCCCACAAUCCUCUAAACAAAAUUACAAUCGGUGCAGUUAGUUUCGUUUUAUGAUUAUCGACUUGUUUAGAUAUUAUCACGUUCUGGUUGCCUUUGUCGCUUUCGGUCCCGACUUGUUAGUAUUUUUUAAAUUUCUGUUUACUUUAUACCAAAAAAUGUAAAUAUAAGAUUAGUUCAACUGAAAGUUAUUUAUUAGAUUAAUACAUCGGGACGGGCGAUAAUUUCAACGUUGAAAUUGUUUGAUAUCAAAAACUGUAGUGAAACUAUAAAGUGAAUAAAGUUCCGUUUAUGUAUUCUAGUGUAUAUAAGAAAUUAUCGCAUACUACUGCCAAAUUAUAUACUACUACCAAUAUGUUAACUAGACUUUUGGUUUUAUUUCUUUUUUGUAAAUUGUGCAGAAUGAAUUUUAUCAUUCCUUUGUAUUUAAUUUAUUUUCCUUGUAAAUUAAAAUAUGUUAUACUUUUAAAUAUAUUUUUUUAUCCAACUAA